GAGAGGGCCUUUCCUCUUUUUCCAACUUUUGCUCUCUCUUCCCUCCCAUUUCUCUCUGACCUAAUUGCCUCCAUCUCUCUCUCUCUCUCUGCUCAACACCAUAACCGGCACUGGAAAUUCACCUCUAAAUCUUCAGAAGAUCCGUCUAGGUUUAGUGGGUCUUUCUCAUCAUCUUGUACCACAAACCACCUAGCUAAUCUAGAUCCCAUCUUUGAGCCAUACUUCUUAUUCCUAGCUAGGACUCAUUAAUUAACACAAGAACACACGCACGCACUUUACACAUAUAUAUACCACUAUCUGAAGUUUUUGCUGAGUUUGGAGGGUGAAAGAUCGAGGAAGUAGAAGAGCAGGAAGAGACACAAGUUCUUCAGUUUCGAGAAGUGAGCGAUCGAGCUAGCAAAGAUGACUCCGGCUAAUUUGGCAGGACAGUUCGGUGAUACCACUUACACCAAGGUGUUCGUUGGAGGUUUGGCUUGGGAGACCCAGAAGGAGACCAUGAAGAAAUACUUUGAACAGUUUGGGGAGAUCUUGGAGGCUGUUGUCAUCACUGACAAGGCCACUGGACGAUCCAAGGGCUAUGGAUUUGUAUGCUUCUUAUUUUGUGAUCUUUUGUCAUCUUUUACUUUCCGGGUAACUUUUCGGGAAGCUGAAGCCGCCAUGAGAGCCUGUGUCGAUGCUUCUCCUGUCAUAGAUGGGAGGAGGGCGAACUGCAAUCUUGCUUCUUUGGGUGUCCAGAGAUCCAAACCCUCAACACCAAAAAAUGGAGGAACAGGCAGAAACUUCAGGGUAAUGGGCUCUUUUCAGACAGGGUUCGGAGGUGGAGUGGGAACAGCUUUUCCUUCAGCAGCAACCUUCCCUCAUUAUGCCAUCCAACAAGGGAUACCUUAUAAUCUUUACGGGUACUCCACAUACUCGCCAGAUUAUUCUUACCCCACGAGCUACUAUAACGUGUAUGGAGGGGCAUCUUCCCAAUUCCCAAUGUAUGGAACGGGACCUGGCGGGAUGGUCACCAGUGCGACGGCUGCGGCAGGGGGUUUCUACCAAUAUCUCCAGUUUGGGGAAGGGAGUGGCACUGGAGCUGCGGCCACCGGCUACACUUCUGGAUCACAGGGUUAUGGUGUCAACUAUCCACAUAACCUGUUUCCAUAUUCGGCCAUCAACUCAACUGGGGGUUACCCACAGCACUAUGGUGCACCCAUGUCUCUUGCACCUACGCCCGCCUUGCCAUCAGUGUGUUUUGCUGUGCCCCAGGCGUGACCAUGGCUCUUCAUGCACCAAUUCCUCAUCGCUAGAGAUUCAUCUCAAUCUAGCCACAUCGAACUUCUCAGCUGCUUCUUGAAGUCUCAAUUCUUCAACCUUCGGCCUAACCAUGGUUCUCUCUGUCACUCUCUCAGUGUCUAACAUAAGCCCAAUUCUGGUGAUUUGGGCUUCUGCACACAUACAUGGCCCCCAAUAGGGGCUAAAUAUCACCUCCAGUAUUGGAGGGACGUCAUGCAUUUUUCCCCUUUGCAUCUUUUUGAAAGAAGGGUUCCUUGAAGAGAACCAUAGCAUCAUGUCAUGCCUAACAACCAACUGAUCAAGCUAUUGGAAUUAGCUAAGACGUUGGAAAAUAGUUUUUGAACCUUUGCCCCGGAAAGGCUGGGUAAAAAGAAACUAUAGUACUUUGUAACUUUAGCCCGGGAAAGGCUAAGACAAUUUAAAGACAUGGGUUGCAAAAAUUGUAAAUUUCAACAACUUAUACAGCGAGCCCCUCACUCUAGAAAUUUAAGUUUUGGAACGUCGACUAAUCCCUCAGCUUCAGCUAAUAACCUCUAAUGGAGAGGCAGUUUUAGCUAAUUCACGGGCGCAUGGAAUGCCACCCCAGCUUUUUUGUAUGUUAACGUAGCUAGUUUUAGGAUUUUAGACGUAGGGCCAGUCACGUCUUUAAAAAGCCUUCUUUUUUAUCAACUU